GGUUGGAUAUUUUGUUUCGUCCGUUUCGAUUUAUUUUCUCGGUCCACUGUUAAUCGUUGUGCACUGUUGUGUUGCUCCCAACAGAAUCAAAACAAUACAGCAAAAAAAGCAGCCAGAAACCGAUUUAUCUUAUGGUAACAGAGAAACCAGAAGUUGAAAUAAAAAAAUGCGCCCCGUUAAUAUGAAUGAGGUAUCGUUUCAAUUAUCGGGGGUCCACGGUAGAUGAAACCUCGAAUGAAACAGCUCAGGAAUUAAAUUUACACAUUCCAACAUGUUAUAAUAUCCCGCAAGAUAACCCCGUUUCGAUUGGGUUAGCUGUCGCCGAUCAUGCGCAUAACCGAUGAGCAUUGAAUGUAGUACUAGAGUCAUCUGUCAAACGUCUGUAUACCUACAGUGUUAUGAAAUUAAUUUUGAUCAGUUAUGAAAUGUAGGUAAAAAAUACAAAUUACCCCAUUAUUACCAAAGAAUUAAUCUUCAUUUCGGAUUCGUGAAGUGGUGACGUGGCUGUGAAAUUCAAAAGUUAAAGUAUAACUUGGAACAAUACACAUCGGAACCAGAGUAUUUUCUAGUGAAGAAAAUUUUGCUUACAAAUCAUAACAAUGACAACGCCGCCUGGAUACAAUACAUUGUUGGAAUGUCCAUACGAAAAGGCACACCGGAUUCAAGCUCACGCUAUGUCAAAACAUCUGUUCAAGUGUCGAAAGAACCAUCCGAAUCAGAAGUUUGUCACUUGUCCGUUCAACGAGUCGCAUCGAAUAGCAGCACCAGAGAUCAAAUUCCAUACCCAAAACUGCGAAGACCGUGCUGCAUUCGACACAUAUAAAUACUGCAUAUCGACUGGAUCCGGAACUGUACCCGAAAGCUUGAAGAAACCCGAGCUUGUUUACAACACUAGCGCCCCGAAGGAUCCGUUUAAGAAAUACAGAAAUAGGAACCACAGCGAUGAGGAACCAGAGCCAGUGCAAAAGUCCUCUCUGCAAAGCGACGACGAGUGCUGGGACGACAUGGACGUACCUGCUUACAAUCCGCAAAAAUAUUGCGAAAAGGCGAACGUCAUACGGAAGGCCACACUGAAGACACCAUCCGAGAAAAAAGCAUUUUAUGAAAGUGAACGUCUUCGUUUGAGCGAAUUGAAAUUAAAGGAGUGAUAGAAUCAUUUUUUAGUAUGGCUGUUGAGUAGGAGUGAUUUGUUGGUUCAAUUUCGAAUUCCUGAUAUAGGUUCUAACAGAGGCGUUCAUAUUAUGUUGUGUGCAAGAAAUUGAAAUGAGCAUUAUUAUCAUCACUGGCGGAUAGAGUACUGUGGUAGCCUUUGGCCAUUUUCAAUAGCUGAGGUAGCCAAUGUUUCACACAAUAAACAUUAUAAUUAUUGGUUCUACAAAACCAGCUUGAAAUUGUUAAAAUCGGUUCUAAAUUUUCUGAUGAUAAAGUUACGCCAAAAGGAUAUGUCAAUACUGAUUCUGAACGAUGCUUAUGUUAGUACUUUGGAAACUUUCAUAUUUGAUCAACCCUUCAAGGAACUUCAUUCACUUCUAACGCCUGUAUUGAAGUCUCGCUUAACUUUUCAAAAGGACCUAAGUAAUAUUUUUUUCAUGAAUUAAUUUGAAUAGCGCAAUCAACAAAAAAACAUGAAAGCUUUUGAUUGCAAUACUUAAAUUAAUUCAUGAAAAAAUGUUACUUAGGUUCUUUUGAAAAGUUAAGCGAGAAGUGUUUCUAUUAGCUGCUUCUGAAACAAAUUUCAAACAUUUUAGUUCUUGUGCUUUAAUUCGCCAUAAUAUUUAUUAGGCGAUUAUACGCUAGUCGCUCGAUGCCUGCAAUUUGACAGUUUUGCAUUUAUCGGAGUGCUGAACUUCAAAACGAUGUCAAAGUCGAUGAAAGCUGUAUUGUGCUGCAGAAAUUUCAUGCACUCUUAUUGCAUCUGACGUUGCCUGACAACCGGUUGACGUCCAAAAUGCGUUAUAGUUAUCGAACGGCAUUCGCUAACUGAAACGUUAACAUAUUGCGAAUGGCUAGUGUAAUGAGUGUAAUACUUCCGCACCUCCAACAAGUAUUUGUUUAUUUUGCCCAAUACGUAAACAGUUAAAAAAGUAAAUUUAGCUUGACUCUGCGCAACUCUAUAUAAUAGACUUUUGGUAUAUUCUGACCCAACAAUAUUACUUUACUCGAAAUUCCAAAAUGUGACCAAUAAUAAUAUCUUGUUUGAAUAUCAGUGUUCAAUUAAUUGAAUAAAAGAAGAAUUUCGUACCUCUAAAUUUCGAUAAAAAAAAAUUUAAAACAUAAUGAUGAUAAAAUCACUUACUUAUGCUAAAAUCGUGUUUAUAUUUUUUGUAAUAAGUAUAACUUAAUUGUUAAAAUGAUGAAUAAUUGUCGAAAAUAUAGAUUGUAUUAAUAGUUCCAGUAUAGACGUUAUUUGCUUUGACAUAUGUGUAAAAUAUUUUGAAUUGAAAUCAAUUUCCAUUGUUUAUGCUACGUUUUGGCAGGAAAAGUGAAUUGAACAGCUUAGAUGAAUUUUAAUUGACAUGUCAAAAGCUCAACAUGUUCAACUUCCCUUUCGUUCAAGUUUGUUUCGUUUUGUUUUAAGCAAUUAAAGAAUCACACGAAAAAACUGACAGGAAAGAUCAACAUCCAAUGUAAACUAAGCCUUAAAUAGUUCAUCAAUAAAAUACGUGUUUAUUUAUUUUCCUCAACUAUUGCCAUCAAUUAAAUCCAGCUUUCAGAUAUAAUGUUAUUAUCUUACGAUUCUGCGAUAUUACUGAAUAAAAACAACAAAGAUAACUUAAAAAUAA